AUGGAGUGGCUGUCCCAUCAACAGUGGUCAAGUGCAGCCGAGCCGGAGAGUUCGACAAAGCGGGGAAGAAUGAACAUCACGACUAUGAUAAAUGCUUUCAUUGCCCUCAACACCGCGGCGCAGUUUCCAGAAUUACCUCCAGGAAUCUUAAAACUUCUCGGUCAUUCUGUCAUCGUCAGCCCUGAGGUCUUGGACAGCCUCCAGACAGUGGACCACCCACAUAUCUUGGCAUGCUACGGGAAGCUGGUGGAGAACGAACUCACGGGAGCAGUCAUCGCGGGAAACGGGAGGCACCUCCACGAGCAGAUGGCCUUCCUCAUCUCCCAGAAGGGUUGGAUGGAAAGGGCCAUUAUAAUCCUCGUAAGCAAACAUCUAGAGCUGAGGUUCUUCUCUCAUUUCUGGCGCAAGAGGGUCAUGAAUAUAAUUCAAUUCACUGGUACAGAAUUGUACACUUACAAUCCUUUUCGAGCGAGGCUUGUUAAGUUGGAACCCGAAGAGGCCUGGAAGACGAUGUACGGAAGAUGGAGUGACCUUCAGGGCUACAAGAUUCCAGUUGUGGCGUACUCGCACAAGUACAGUUUCAGGAGGGAGUACGGCCUUUCGCCUGGAGGUGGAAUUGACGGCACCGCCAUCUUCGAGCUUGCCAAGCUCUGGAACAUGACAGUGGCGCUCAAGUAUGUCAUAGCAGAUGAGUACAGAGGCCAAGCAGACAUCGGCAUGAAUGCCCGAGUUGCGAUUCAUACUACUGACGAUGAAGAUAAUGUUGAGUUCACAACUCCUGUUUACGAAGACGCUUACGUCGUCGCAUUGAAACUACCUACAGAACUGAACACUGGAGAGAUAAUGACGAGGAUUUUCGGAUGGAAGUUCUGGCUAGCUUUCUUCGGAUCCAUAAUGAUGAUGAACAGAGCCUUGUUUUGGAUCACAAAGCAGAGAUCCGUAUUCCAAACUAUCUGCAACACAGUCAGAUCUCUCUGUAACAGGCCGCUACCUAGGUUCCCCAGAACUACUAGAGAACGUUUGAUCCUAUUGUCAGGUUUCAUAAUAGGCUUUUUUGUCGUGGCGAUAUUUCAAGGAUCACUAUUCCACUUCGCGAAAACGACAGAAACAAACAAGAAAAUGAAUACCCUUCCAGAUGUAUUUAGUAAUUACGAUACGUUACUCACUUCAUCCAGAUUCAUCAAAAAGUAUUACAAAUAUUUUUCUCCCACAGAAAAAAGAUAUAAAAGACCAUUUCGUGAGCGUGUGAGCAAUGAAUUGUUUGAAAAGUACCCGUUAAUUAUCCUCAACAAAGAGCUACAAUUGCUGAUUGGGACUUCGCAGCUGAGGAAGGACCUGUACGUGGUAGACGAGAUAACCAGGUUCACUAUGACCUACACCGUCAACAGGGGCAGCCCUUUCCUGAGUCCACUAACAAGAUUCACUUCAAGAGUAUUCGAGGGUGGACUGAGCCAAAAGUGGUUCGAUAUGACAGUCACCAGGUUCGCUAAAACAAAAAAGAGAAAGACUUCUGCGAAAGGCGAUCCUCGAAGGAAUCCUGGCAUUGAAGCAGCUUUCUACGUUUUAAUAGCAGGUAACCAUAUUUCUCAUUUAUAA